UUUUGUGGUAGGAUCAGCUGAGUUUACCUUGUUUUUCUCAGGUUAUAGUUUAUCAGCCAGAAAAGUUUUAGCGGUUCCUAUUUCUAUUCAAUCUCACGUUCCAUACUGACGAUCAGACAAAAGUUAUGCACUGAAAAGGAUAGCCCAUAUGACGUAGAAUAAAUACCGUGGUUUCUUCUAAUUCUUGGCAGUCAUUUGUUUCAAUCUUUGCUUAACGAUCUUUUGCUCCUCGAUCAAAAAGGCACGGACAAUGCGGUCCUUCACAGCAUUCGCACUCAAAUUGCCACCAUAAGCACGCUGGACAGUUUUCUUGUUGUGGGAAAGACGAGCAAACUCGCGAGGACGUAAAGCAGGAAUACCUUGCAAAGGAACACCAGUAUCACCACAGCGAGGAAUGGUCCCUAAUUUUUUUAUAUGCAAAUAGCGCACCUUGUUUCCAGGAGUCUUGAUAAUUCUGGUUUUGUUGCUACGAGUGUUGUAGGCCAAACGACGACGAUAAGUAACUCUUUGGGCCAUAUUCUCUUUCUUAUUUAAUUUGUUUGGUAGGUGUUUUGUUAUUUACUUAAAUUCAGAAUUUACUUGAAUUGAAGAUGGGUUUAAACACUUAAAUUUUUCAACAAUAAAGGUGUCCUAUAAAUCUCAAAAAUCCCCAAUCAGUCCCUUUUCUACUAUCUCUUAGAAGAAAAACUCAGGAAAACUUGAAAUGAACACUCCUUAACAAAUUUCUGUCGUAAAUAUCCGUCUUUUCCUUCUGAAUUGAGGCAAAAGACUUAAUAACAAACUUCCUCUCUCGCUGAGUAUGUCAUUCCUCAAAGUUUCUGUUGUGACUGUUUCAACUCUGUCAAAUUCGAUUUCGUUGGUGUUUUCUGUCGAAAUUUACCAGACUCGUACUGAUGUCUAAAGUGGGAUUCCAAACAGGCUUACACUUCGCUAAACGAGUCCUCUCCCAUAUAAAAUAAAUCCAAUUCAAGAUUUCUCUGUUUGUUUAUGUUUUUUUUUUUUUUUAAGAAUAAAAGAAUGAAAUAAAUAGGAAUGGAAUUCUACGCUGAAAGACGCUUCUGAGUUCUCGAAGGAUUUGGCCCCAAUAGUGAUUCACUUCUUGCAUCAAGUGUGUGCUUAGCUAUUACCAUCAACUACCUAUCGCUACAAUCGAAGUUGUCCGGAAACAACUCUAUUUUGGGCCUAAAAGAAGAGCUUUAUAAGUAAACAUAGAUUUUAGGAAUCUUUUAAGACGGAUUGAUCUGCUUUUUGGCUAUCUUUCAUCUUUUGUACGAGAUUCGUUUCCUGGAUCGGCAACUCCCCUUUAAGAUUAAUCUCAAGAAGGAAAUAGUUGAUGCUUUGUUUGUUUUGAUAGACUCAAAGUGACGGAUUCAUUGCUUACGGAUUCGUAUACCUGAUAACUCGAAGGCUUUUGGACUGGAAUCGAGAAUUAUUUACAGUUCAUCAGUUGCUUGACGAUAAGACUCGACUGUUGUUUUUUGCUUUUUUUUGUAUUCUUGAUUUUUUGUUGUUGACUUUGUGAGCGAGCGAAGAAAUGAAGUUUGGUCAACUGUUAAAAGAAACGCUAGUACGAGAGUAUCAAUACUCGUAUGUAAACUAUGACAAACUAAAAAAAGAAAUUAAAAAGAGAAAUGAAGAUGGGGGUUGGUCUGAAGAGGAUGAAUCUGACUUUGUUGAAUUACUGGAAAAAGAACUGGACAAAGUGUAUUCGUUUCAAAAAGCAAAAUCCGCAGAGACUCUGGAAAGAAUCCGAUUAUGUGAGGAACAAGCUUCCGAUGCCAUCAGUCGUCUCAAUAGCGAUUCUCCUCCAAACGACACUGAUUUUGUUACUUUGGAAACUGAACUUACAGAUAUUAUGGAAACGGUGCAUGAUUUGGCUAAAUUCUGCGAACUAAAUUAUACCGCCUUUUACAAAAUCAUCAAGAAACAUGACAAGCAUACCUCUUGGUCUUUAAAACCUGUCUUUGCUGUUAGAAUGAAUGCCCGUCCUUUUUACAAAGAACAAUAUGACUUGCUGAUCGUAAAGCUUAGUCGACUGUAUGAUCUCAUUCGUACCCGUGGCAGCCCCAUUAGGGGUGAUAAUGCUGCCGGAGGCACACAACAGAAUUUUGUUCGACAAACUACAAAGUAUUGGGUUCAUCCGUCCAACGUAACCGAGUUAAAGCUUUAUAUUCUUAAACAUUUGCCUGUUUUGGUUUUCAACCCCAACAAAGAGUUUACUCGUGAAGACUCUGCUAUUUCAAGUAUCUAUUUCGAUAAUGACGAUCUUGAAUUUUAUCUUGGUCGUCUUGAAAAGCACGAAGGCGCCGAAGCUAUUCGCCUUCGUUGGUAUGGCAGUAUGGAAAAUAAUAACAUUUUCGUUGAGCGAAAAACUCACCGUGAAGAUUGGACCGGAGAAAAAAGUGUAAAGGCAAGAUUUCCUUUAAAGGAAAAACACGUUAACGCUUUUUUGCGUGGUGAUUACACCGUGGAAGAAGCUUUUUUAAAAAUGCGAAAAGAAGGUAAAAAACCAAUCUCUGAAAUUGAAAAUCUUGAACGUCUUGCUAGGGAAGUCCAGUAUACUGUUUUGAGUAAAGGAAUGAAACCAUACGUUCGAAGCUUUUAUGAACGAACGGCAUUUCAAUUGCCAGGUGAUGCCCGCGUUCGUAUUUCCUUGGACUCAAAUUUGGCCUUGGUCCGAGAAGAUGGCACAAACCGUGCUGGAAACAAUUGGCGUCGUAUGGACAUUGGAAUUGACUAUCCUUUUAAUCAACUUCCUGAUGAAGAUAUAGUGCGCUUCCCUUAUGCUAUUUUAGAAGUAAAGCUUCAGACGCAGUUUGGUCAAGAUCCCCCGGAAUGGGUUAAUAAUUUAGUAAAUAGCCAUCUUGUUGAAGCCGUGCCUAAAUUUUCUAAAUUUAUUCAUGGUGUUUCGAGCCUCUUUUAUGAUCGCGUUGACAUGCUUCCCUUCUGGUUCCCACAAAUGUCAAUAGAUAUUAGGAAGCCUCCUGCCGAUGCCAUUCGUCCUGUCAAGAGCUUGAGCGAUGUUCCUAGUUCAUCGGCAUCUCAAAAUGUGUCUGACAGCGAAAAUAUACAAUCUGGUAAUGUUUUAGAUGAAGAAGCGCGCAUACCAUCUACUGGUAUCAGAAGAAAUGAAGACUUUCAAAGUGCUCAUGACCGCCACUUUGAUGACUUAGAUGAACGCAGUACCCUACUAGGUGCAGGCAAACGAAAAGGACGCGACUCUUUUGCUGCUGCACUCACUACAAAGCUAAGGGAUAUAAAGGAAAAUCUCUUUUUAGAAACUGUUCCAAAGUUUGAAGAAUCGAAUGAACCUUCAAUAUUAUAUGAGCAGAAAUUUACUGCUCCCCCCGGUAAAAGGAUAUAUGUUCCUGUUCGUGUGGAACCCAAAACCUAUUUUGCUCUAGAGCGUACCUAUUUGGAUUAUUUGCGCUACUCAAUUUUGAUGGGUUCUAUUGGCAUCACUUUGUUUAACUUCUCUCACACUCGUGCAGGUAUACUAGCAGCAUCCUGUUUUACUCUCGCUGCCUUGUCUGCUAUUAUUUAUACCACCCUUUUGUAUUUAUGGCGAGCUGUUAAUAUUGCCAAGCACAAUGCUGUGCGAUACGAUGAUCGACUUGGUCCCACCGUUGUUUGCGCUGUAACUAUCUUUACAAUCAUUGCCAACAUUGUUUUUAAUUUAAAAGCCUAACUAUGUGAUCUGACGACCUUUAAUAAUUUUGCAAUAAUGAAAUACUAAUUUUAUAGAUAGAUAGAUUACACAGACAAUUGAGCAUAAUAUUUCUGACUUACAAUAGACAGGACAAAAACUAAUAAUUAGUAUUAAGAUUAGAAUUAAAGCAAAAAAUAUGUAGGGGUAAAGGAUAGAAUGCCAUAAUAUGGGUAUAUAUG